CACGACUUCGGCUGGCGACUGUCGGCUCGCGAUUGGGCGAGAGGCCUUUUAACCUUACGGCUGAAACAGAGGGUAUAGCUCAGUGAGUUUUCAUUCCGCUGAGAACAGUGAUAGGCGAAGAUUUACUACUGAACUGUGCGACAACCCUGUUCCACCGUGAAAUCAAAGCGUACGAGCGAAUCAUCAUAAUUCAUUCUAAGCGCAACAUCGCUUGACGCUAAGGACAGGUUUACGAUCUUAUAUUAUUCGAUUCAGAUGAGUUCUUACUUCGUAAACUCGCUUUCAACAUGCUAUGGACAAACAGCCGGGUUAGACAAUUGCUCGGACGGGAAUUUCGAGCGGAAUGCCAAUUAUCACUCCACCGGCAGUGUUUAUUCCAGUUUUGCCGGGACCCGUUACCCUUACAGUGCUAACCGGGGCGACAGGAUAACAGACCAGCAAAAUGGCGACUUUUAUACCACCCCUCGCCUCACUCACCUCCCGGCAUCCAGUCCUUGUUCGUCCCCACCCCACAUACAAUCCUCAAACCACAAUGCUGUACCCAUGAACACUUCCGAUCGCAAUUGUGAUCUCCGGAGUAAUUCAUCUGCUUCGAACGGGGGGUAUUUCCCAAACGGUCAGCUUAACACAAGUCUUGAUGACAGCCGGCCCAAUUCUGCUCAUUCCACUGGCUCACCCACCUCAAGACAUGAAACCCAGUCCCCACAGCAACCGUCGCCGCACCCCCCAGGACAGAAUCAACACAAUCAAAACCCGAGCCACAGGUCGGAGAACUUCCCCCCACCCCAGAUAUACCCGUGGAUGCGACGAAUGCAAUACAGCUCAGAUGGCAACGAUGGCGAGACAAAGAGAUCACGUACUUCAUACACAAGACAUCAGACGCUCGAGCUCGAGAAGGAGUUUCAUUAUAACAAGUACCUCACAAGGAGACGCCGAAUCGAGAUCGCACAUGCGCUGAAUUUGACAGAAAGACAGAUCAAGAUUUGGUUCCAAAAUAGGCGGAUGAAAUGGAAGAAAGAGCACAAACUCUCUCACAUUGCCAAAAACAUGAACCUUGCGAAUGCUCUCGAGAAAGUAGCAGAGGAACGCAAAGCUUGUAUGUAAUGACGUCACACAUACGUCACUAUGACAUCAAAUAAGACACCCGAAGGUCGGGAAAACCAUGCGAGGUUGUAGCCCCGACUGACUUAUCAUGUGGUGCAAGAUACGUCACGUGACACCCACAAAUCAGACGAUACGUGCACGUGCAGCUCGUGGCGCCGCGCACGUUGUGGUGAAAGACUGUCAUGUGAUGUUGUCACGUGAUAAAUGGAGGGUAAAUGGCUUUGUGACGUCAUAAUUGACGCGGCAACUCUUUGUGAUACUUGCCUCGGUCAAAAUGGGUAAUUCUCAUACAUUAUGUGUAAAUGUACAUACUCUCAAGCUGACUGCGACAACGUUUCUCUAUGUUAGGACUUGUCAUGUUUUUGUAUGAAGGGCGAGUUACAUUUAAUGUAAUUACACGAGUUGCAAAAGCAUUUCCAACAGCCAAACAACAUAUUAAACACCAAAGAUGUCAUGGCCCAAUUUAAGACUAAACCCACUUUUUGUGUUAUGUACCAUUCGAUAUCAGGUAGAAGUAAUUUUGUGAUCUGAAAAUUCGUAAACAACCACGGUAACAUCUGUAGUUAAUAUGCUCGCUUGUUACACGUCUUGCUUAUUGACAUAAUAACACAAAAAAGCUCAGACAAUCAUGUUAAAAAACAGUAAGUGAUAAAUCAUUUUGUGAAAUAUUGAACGAAACUAGAUCUGAUGUUGGUACUAAGUUGAAAACUUAAAUAUGCACCUGAAGUAAUAUACAUAUACAUGCAAAUCGAUUAUUUGCAAUCUGCAUAAUACCGGCUCUUCACAUAUGCAGUUUUGUUUUAACCAUUAACUCAAACUAAGAUUAUCUAAAGAAAUAUGUUGAUUUUUUAUAAUAUUCGUGUACUUUAUAAUUUGUUGUUAACCCCGGUCAGCUGGGAUGAAGAUGUUGUAGAUAAAAGUAUGUAUGUUUAUUAUUAUUAUUUUAAUUGUAAUCAUGGCGGUAUUGCUUAAUGCAAGACCUAAUUUAAGUUAGUGUGAAUAUGAUAUAAACUAUCAGAUCGACAUAUCAUUAGCUGAAUGAGUGAGUUUGAACGGUAUUCAAGUGUAGAUAGGUAAAUCGCGAUGAUAACGAUAUGUGCAAUUCAGCGUUGAAACCAAAGUGAUUUUUUAUAUGAUUCCUCGAAAUCUUUAGUGCUACUGAAUAUUAUAGAUGUUCUAAACAUUAUACUAUAUAUACUCAAUAUACGGGUUUACAUACAUCGGAUGGAUUUCAGAAUUCAUAAAGGUCUAUUUGACAGAACUAGGAUUACGUCACUAAAUCAUUUAUUAAAUGUUUUAUUAAUUCAUAUGAGUGACGCGGAACGAGCUACACACAUUUCCAUUUCAGACGAACCCUUCUCUGUUCUUGCAUAUCAUAAAAUGUAACUUCACUUCAAGUGUAAUAAUUGAUUAAAUGUCGAUUGCUUGAUAAUUGAAAUUCUGGAAAAGACAGUUUUAAAAUUAUUUUGAUGAUAUUUAUCCUCAAAAUAAUAAGAUGUUUUUAUUUUGUGUAAGAUGUGAGGGUUGAACGUGUUAAAAUAACUUUUAUCUUUGGCCAUAUGAAGAGAAUGAUGUGCACAAAACACAUGUCGCAUUUUGUCGCGUUGUUUUGUGGGAAUGUACAAAGCCACACAAUCCACAAUGUCAAUUUCAGGCAUAAUAUAUUCAGUGCAAUGACCAAUGGAGAAAUCAUGUUGAUUUCAUGUCUUUGUAAGGCGCGGUAAGUGUUCGUUUUUUAUGAUGAAAAGAAAAAAAGGGACUUGGCGCAUCUUUAACCAGGGUAAAAACUAUUCAUCUGAUCAUUUGUGAUGUUUUGUGUAUAUUUUAUGAAAAAAACGUAUCAAAUGGUGUUUUUCACGUUUCCAUGGUAACUUACAUGCACUUAAUUUGUAGUUGCCAUAUAGUGCUCGAAUAUAUCGCGGGAAAUGUACUUUGAAAAACUUGCUCAUCCGUUUCCAUGGGUUGCAAUGCAAGCUCUGAAUUCGGCUUGGCAAGAAGCAAUGUAUAAGUUAUAUAAGAUUUUAUGAAAAUCUCAUUUAAAAUUAACGUUGGAAUAAAACGAAAUAUGAUGAAAACAAUUUCACCGGUAGAUUAUACGUCGUCUUGGAAAUAUGUUUUUUCGGUUAUGGUUGCAAUAUUUUGCAUGUCAAGUGGGAAUAUUUUACAAAUAAUGAAAUGGUACUGUCAACAGGUGUUGGUUUAGAUUCUAUCACCAAUUAAUAUUUCCAAAUAUUAAUUAUUUUAUAAACAAUUGGUACUGAUUGAAUAAAAUCAAAUGGUGACGCGUUAAAACACAACAACCGGAUCACAUAUUCGAUGGCUUAGUUAACAAAACUUCGAUACGACAAAAUUAAUUUUAUUAAAUGGAAUAAAAUAGUUUAUAAUUUUGUACAUAAGAUACAAGUGAGUAAGGAAGUAUAUUUCCUGUAGAUGUAGUUGGAGACAUUUUAUUGUCACGUGGCUGUAUGAUAUCGUUCCUGUAGUUGGCGUCAGUGCAGCGACCGUUCAUCGUCAAAUUAGAUGCGUACCAUCUUGUUUUCAUCUGUGCCAUAUAAAAUAGUACACCUCA